UUUUUUCCAGAUAAAUACAAUGACAGAAAAUAAAUGUGAUAAAUGUGAGUAUUUAUCGUCGGAGAAACGGUAUUUGAAAGGACACAUUAGACGAAUGCACUGCUUGGAUGGAAAAAAUGCUAAAUGUGAUGAAUGCGAAUAUUCUACGUAUAGUCCAUGGAGGCUGAAGCUGCACAAACAGAACAAGCAUAAUAAGGAUUGCGGACUGCGAUAUCUGUGUGAUCUAUGUGAACAUUCCUGUCUUCAAAUCCGAGAAAUGAAUAUACACAGGAAAAGUGAUCACGGGAUUCAGGCUAAGAGAGCACUCAGCGCCUUCAGUCUUCACCUUAGAAACCACAGAAAAAUUAUAAAAGACAGUUUGGUGUAUUCAUCAUCACAGGAUAUUUUGAAACAAGCUAAACUAUCCUGGAACCUUGUAGGUGAAGAAGAGAAAGAAAAACUGAAAGAUUUAUCUCGGAAAGAAUAUAGAGCUUGGUAUACACUCUUUAAACCCAGAAUAUGUGCGUCAACUAAUAUUUCAGAAGAGGAUGAUGCUGAUCAAUUGGAUGAUAGUGUACAUGAUGAUGAUGAUCUUGAUCAAGAUGAACAUGAAGAUGAUCAACAUGAUGAAGAUGACUCUGAUGCUGAGAUAGAAGUUAACGUUCUAGAGAUCGAGUGCUCAGAGACUACCGAGAUCAGCAUCAUAUCACACAGACAAAGUACAGAAGUUGGGAGAAAAAUAACAGUGCAGCAAGACGAAUUCAUCAGUUUCAGCUCAAGUUGUUCUCCAGGGUUAUCCGACCAACCAACUAAUCAUUUGUUUGUCCAACCCUUGAGACAAACAUCAAACCAAUCAUCCAAUCUGCUUUUAAAUCAACCUGGAAACCAUACAAUUGACCAACCGUCCUUUGAACCAAACAAAUUGUCCAGCAAACAUCCAACUCACCAAAUAUUAAACCCGUCAUGUUCAUCAUUUGAGUCAUUCAAUCAGUCUUCCUGUAUAGUACAAGACCAAACUUCAAACCAAUUAGAAAAAUCAUCUUAUCCAUUUGUUCCAACUUAUAUCCAACAAUCCAACCAAUUCGGCAUAACACAAUUUAAUAUGCUAAACAACCAACAGUCUACACAGUAUCAACCAUUAAAACAACAAUCAAAUCAACCAUCUAACAUUCAAUUCAAUAAUCCAGUAAAUCGAGAAUCCAAAGAAUCCAGCAUUCCAUCAAAUCAAGAAUCCAGCAUUCCAUUAAAUCAGGAAUCUAGGAAUCCAUCAAACCAUCCAUCAAACUAUCAUUCAAAUCAACAAUCCAACCAUUCAUCAAUUCAACAAUCCAGCAAUCCAUCAAUGUAUCCUUCAAAUCAUCAAUCCAUCAAUCCAUCAAAGAAUCUACCAAGCCAAUCAUCAACUCAGCCAUUAAAACAUCCAUCAAUAUUUCCAUUAAACCAUAUUAGGAACCAGCCAUCAAAUCAAUCAUUCAGCCAUCCAUCUCACCAUUUACCAAAUCAAUCCUCAUACUAUGCAUCUGAACAUCCAUCAAAUACACCAUUCAAUCCUUCAUCUGAUCGGCCAUCAAACGAUCCCUCUAGCGAUCCAUUGAACCAACAUUUAAGUCAACCAUCCAAGGAUUCCACAAGUCUGUUUUCUAAUCAGGCAUUGGUACAAACAUCCAGCGAACCAGUGGCUGAACAAAGAACUGUCCUGGAAACUUCCUCUUUUAAACAAUUGACAAAUGCCAAAAGAAAUUUGUUUCCAUGUGAACAAUGUGAUUACUCAACGGAGAAAAGAUCAAAUUUAUUUAGACACAUGAACUCUCAACAUCUUAAAGUUCAGAAUUUUUGUGACAUUUGUGACUUUUCAACUCCCCACUCAAGCUAUCUAAAGAGACACUUAAAGUUGCAUUCAUCUGAAAAGACUGAAUCUGUUGUGAAGAAAGCUCAGCACCGUUCCUCAUUUCUCAAAUUCUGUGCUGAAAAGAGAGAUGAAAUAAAAGGAAAAUUGUCGAUUAACUUUAGAAUUGUGAAUUCCAGAUUGGUAAACCAAGAGCUCGGAAAAGCCUGGAAAUUGUUAGAUGAAGAAACCAAACUUAAAUACACAAUAAAAACCAAACCAAACCCUACAGUAGAAUUAACAAAGAAAUGUCCGAGAAAUCCCUUCGCAUUAUUUGUUCGCGAAUAUUUCGCGGAUUUGCGAAAAGAUCCCAAAUAUUUAAAUAUUUCUAGUAGAGAUGUUUAUAGAAAAGCUGGAGCAGUUUGGGCAAAAAAAAGCCCAGAAGAAAAGAAAAAAUAUUGCUUUAUGUUUGUUGAGGAGAGAAGAAAAAUGUGAAUUAAUUUGUUAUUUGCUUUUUGGAGAUCAAAACUAAAAAUUAUUUAUUGAAUUAUUUAUUCAAAACUUUUUCUAUAUUUCAGA